AAGUUGAAGUAAAGUUUAAAGCAAGUUUGUGCCCCACUAUUAAAAAGUUGGCGGCGGCACUUGACGCUCGCUGCGAACGAACAGACGGAAUGGCCGCGAAGAUGAAGCUGUGUCGCACUUUUCUGGAAAAUGAGUUUCGGGGCGAGUUGGUGAACCAACGGUGGACACGAGGCGAAAGGACCAGCAACCGCUGUCAGGCCUCCCUGAGACUGCAGAGCCGUCGACCAAUCAUGAACCGUCUUAUCACAACCGGAGUGGAGAAGAUGCUGUGGUCGCAAGUGAGAUCCCAUCAGGAUCAGAUGAGUGUAGAAAGUGAUGACAAGCGAACUCGCACUCGGUCCAAGGGAAUCAGAGUUCCGAUUGAACAUAUAGGACAGGAGCUGAGCUGCCCCACCCCUGGAUGCAAUGGCUCUGGUCAUAUCAGUGGGAGAUACUCACGACACAGAAGCAUUCUAGGUUGCCCUAUAGCCAGGAAACGCCGACUUGAGGAGGCCGAGGCAGAUCAGGAACAGGAAACUGAGCGGCCAGCAUCUAAGAGGAAGUCCCAUCCCCUAAAACUGGCGCUGGAUGAGGGCUUCAGCGCAGAAAGUGAUGCCAGUAGCGAAGCUGAGGGAGACGGUGAAAGGAAUGGGGAGAGCAGAAGUAAAAGUGAGGAGGAUGAGAACGAUUUGGACGCUGUUGCAGUUGGAGAGAAACUUGUGGAAGAGCAAACACAUGAACCACAAACAAAUGGACAGACCGAGGAGGUUCCAAAUCAUCGGAAGGAGGACGCCAAGAGGGAAGAAGCAGUAAAUCAGCAGGACUUAGAAGAGUGCGUCAUCAUUGGAUCUCCAAUGACACAGGAAUGUCAGUCUCCAUCACAGAAUGCUGAAGAAGUGGCCAACUCUCUCCUUUAUCUCGGCCGAAUCCCUGCUCCCGGUAAUGGCAGUGAUGCUCCAACAGUGGCCACCUCACAGCCUGUUGCUAUGGAGACUGAGGGGAAUGUCACAGUGGCACACUGUGAAGAAGUAAAGGAGGAGCAGGAUGACGAAACGGCUGAGGCAGAGGAAGAUGUAGUAGACAGAAGUCAAAACAUUAAAGAGGAGACAGAAAAGUUGGUGGAUGAUCGAGGAGAGCAUGAAACUCAUGCCAUGGAGGUCCAUCAUGAAGCCACGACAGAUGAAGAGGAGGAGACAGCAGUGCCAGCACAGCAGGAGGACAUACCACAAGAGGAGGAGGAGAAAGAGGAGGAGGUAAAACCUACUGUGCCAAUUUGUGUCCGCACCAUCACCAGCACCCCAGCAGCUCAGGAACUACACAUCAAGACUGAGGACCACAGGGUCAGUCCUCUGGAGGACUACAAUGCACAUGAGAACUACAGCGCCACACGAGCCAGUCCACUUGACAGCUACCACUCCCACAAACCACUUCAUAACUACAAGUCCUGCCUUCCUUUAAACUUCAUCUCCCACAUGACCAGUCCACUGGAGAGCUACUCACCCAAUCCCAGAGGUGAUAAUUUGAACAUCCACAAAGUCUCACCCUCCGUCUCCCCCGACAUUAUCGAGGUGCAUUCGGACAAGUCGGAUGAAAAAGACUUCGAUGAUGUCGACGGUGACGACGAGCACGAUGACGAUGACAGCCUCUCUCAGCGCUCAGCCGUCACGGAUGAGUCGGAAAUGUUCGACAUGACCAGAGGGAAUCUGGGCCUCCUCGAGCAAGCCAUUGCCCUCAAAGCAGAGCAGGUGAAGCCGGCCGGGCCCAGGGAGCUGUUGGGUGUCCCUGAUAUACAGCACCACAGAUACUUCACCAUGGAAGACCGGCCCAAGCACCUUGAUGUCAUCAGAAAGAGCUACUUUAAAGAGAGUAUUCGGCCAGAGAAGAGGGAAAUCAAGUGUCCCACCCCAGGGUGUGAUGGGACCGGUCAUGUGACUGGCCUUUACCCCCACCACCGUAGCCUGUCAGGCUGCCCUCACAAGGACAGGAUCCCGCCUGAGAUUCUGGCCAUGCAUGAGAAUGUCCUGAAGUGUCCAACACCUGGCUGCACCGGUCAGGGCCAUGUUAACAGCAACCGUAACACGCACCGCAGUCUUUCGGGAUGUCCCAUCGCAGCAGCGGAGAAGCUGUCCAAGAGCCACGACAAGCAGCUGUCUCAGCCUGGCAGCGACCUCCUCAAAGGAAGUCCCAAUGACAGAGUGCUCAGGCCCAUGUGCUUCGUAAAGCAACUGGAGAUGCCCCAGUACGGUAGCUACAGGCCCAACAUGGCACCAAGCACACCCCGCGCCAACCUGGCCAAGGAGCUGGAGAAGUACUCCAAGGUGUCCUUCGAUUAUGCAAGCUUUGAUGCUCAAGUGUUCGGGAAGCGUAUGCUUGCGCCAAAGAUGCCCACCAGCGAAACCUCACCCAAAGCCUUCAAAAGUAAGCCCUCAUUCCCAAAGUCGUCAUCACCCAGCCUUAACCUCCACGGUUACGGCAAACCUUCCUCCUUGACCUAUGACUACUCUCAUGAUGCCGAAGCCGCCCACAUGGCCGCCACCGCUAUCCUCAACCUGUCUACACGGUGCUGGGAGAAACCUGAGAACCUGAGCACUAAGCCACAAAACAAGGAAAUGGACAUUGAGGUAGAUGAGAAUGGCACUCUGGACCUGAGUAUGAAAAAGCCCAUCAAGCACGAAGGCAGCCUGUCUGGCACCAGCCCGGGGGUCCGUUCCCCAGACCCUUCUUCCUCAUCUUCCUCGCUGCAUCUCGGUGGAAGCAGUGGGGUGACAUCACCAAAUCUACAGAGCUACAAACAGGAGGACUGGGAGGGGCCUCUGGAUUUUACCAAACACAACCGCCAAAGGGAGGAGGAAAUGGAGGAGAUGGAUCAUGCUGGACAGUCAUAUGUGUCAUCUGACCCAGAGGACAGUGACAUGAUGCAGGACUUAAUGGAGGACAGAAAGUACCCUGGAGAAGUCACAACUCCAAAUUUCAAGGUCAAGUUCCAGCCCAAGGACAGCAAGAAGGAGCUGCUCUCAUGCCCAACACCUGGUUGUGAUGGCAGUGGCCACAUCACUGGGAACUAUGCAUCACAUCGCAGUCUAUCUGGGUGUCCUCUCGCUGAUAAGAGCCUCCGGUCCCUCAUGGCGGCACACACCCCUGAACUCAAAUGUCCCACACCAGGAUGUGACGGCUCAGGUCAUAUCACAGGAAACUACGCCUCCCAUAGAAGUCUCUCUGGGUGCCCGCGUGCCAAGAAAAGUGGAAUUAAAACUCCUACCAAGGACAACCAGGAGGACUCGGAGCUUUUAAACAGAUGUCCGGUACCGGGCUGCGACAGCCUGGGACACAUCAGCGGGAAGUACGCCACGCAUCGUAGCGCCUACGGGUGUCCUCUUGCAGCCCGCAGACAGAAGGAGGGGCUACUGAAUGGCACACCCUUCAACUGGAAGGCUUUUAAGACAGAAGGACCGACAUGUCCAACCCCGGGAUGUGACGGCUCAGGACACGCUAAUGGCAGCUUUCUCACGCACCGCAGCCUCUCAGGAUGUCCCAGGGCAUUGUAUGCCAAGAAAAAGGCCAAAUUCCCCACAGAGGAAUAUCUGAGUGCUAAGUUCAGAGCCGGUGAUGUUUUGGACAAUGAUGAGGAUAUCAAGCAGCUUAACAAAGAGAUUAAUGACCUCAACGAGUCCAACAACGAAAUGGAGGCCGAUGUAGUCAAUCUGCAAACUCAGAUCACGUCUAUGGAAAAGAAUUUGAAGAGUAUCGAGCAUGAGAACAAGAUGAUCGAGGAGCAGAACGAGGCUCUUUUCAUGGAGCUGUCCGGGUUGAGCCGGGCCCUCAUCCGCAGCCUGGCAAACAUACGUGUACCACACAUGCAGGAGCCCAUCACGGAGCAGAACUUCGACAGCUAUGUGAGCACCCUGACCGACAUGUACACCAACAAAGACUGCUUCCAGAGCCCCGAAAACAAGGCUCUACUGGAGAGCAUCAACAAAGCUGUGAAAGGCAUCAAAGUCUGAGAGAAGAUCCAACGUGAGGGUCACAGCUAUAUUGAAAUACAUCAAAUAAUAUAAAUCAAAAACAACAAAAAAGGGAAUUCAGGUUAUUUAAAUAAACACAACCCAGGGAGCAAUCUGUGAGCAGAAAAAGGACGUGGACCAAAAUCCCCAUCAUGCUGCUUCUGGAAUCAGUGAAGGUGUGAAGAAAAAAGGAAUUCUUCAGGCAGAAUGGAUGGAAAAGAAGACUAAAACUAUGAAAGCCACUCUGUCCGGGGCGUUCAGUAUGCUGAAUAGUUACUCAUAUAACUCCUUUGUCCUAAAAUGUGUUUGAGGACAAUUUCACUGUUGCCCAGAUGAUCCUUUUUUUUUCCGUUUUGUUGUUUGUUUGUUACUUUUGAAUCGCUUGAAACAUGAAUGGCAGACUCUGAAAGGAAGACGAGUCAAAUAUUUUUAGUGUAGCAUUCACUGUGGCAGGUUCGUUUGUGUUCACCAGCUCUUAACAGCCCAGCGACCACACACAAAUACACACAACCCAGCAAUAUGGAGCAUGCACUAAACUCAAUGUGUGUUUGCUUUGAGUUACAACCACAGCAAAAGGAGUCAACGCCAUGUUGAUCCCGAGUUGUGGACAAAGUCGAGUGGCAGGCUGAUCCAGGACCAGCGCAAGUUGUGUUCUUUCUUCAUGCGACGACUGAUUGAUUCCAGUUAAACAGCAGCAGAUAAACAACUUUUGUUUCAUUGUUUCAAAAAACAGAAACGCGCUUAGUCAUAGUGUGCACACAUUUCAACUGAAGUUAGUCAUAUCAAUAGUAUUUAUAUCAACAUAGGAAUUGCACUUCAUUUCAAUGACUAGUUUUGUGGUACAAUAAUUAUUGUUAUAUAUGGAUUAUUUAAAUUUGUGAACUUUUAAAUUGUAACUUAUUGACACUUAUGUUAUUGAGGUUUAUUUAUUUGAAGCAAUUUAUUUAUUGACUUUGUAACACAAAAACAAUGCAUCUUUACUGAUUAAUAUGGAAGUGAUUUGCAGAUGUCUUACAUCGAUAUUUUGAGAAUCUUUAUAGAUAAACGACGAGGCAUAUUUUUUUUAGUACUUUUUAAAACAAAUGUUUUAUAACAAAAAAGAAACCUUUUGCAUAUUUGUUUUUCUUUUCCCAAUUAUGUUUAUUUGUUUUUCUUUUUUUUUUAUGUUCUUUCUGGUACUGAUAUGUUCCGAAACACUACUGGAAAAAAGUCAAAUAUGUAUUUAUUAUUUAUUUAAUAUGAAAGAAAUUGAGUAAUGGCUGUAUAUUUAUUUUGUUAUUUAUGUGCGUGAUGUGACUGAUGAGUCUGAGUAGUCUUAAAAAUCCACUGAUAAUAUUAAAAUAAAGAAAAAAAAUCAGCACAGGUAUUGUUUGAUGACUUAGGCCUAAGUGUGCAGGAAUGCCAGCAGCUGAUUCAAAAAACUGAGAGCAAUCACUGUUGUGUUGCUGUCUGUUCUUUGUCUUGUAAAUGCCAGCUCAUAUUUGCUUCUUUGACAGAAAACCAAGGGAAUUGAAAAAAGUGACCUCCCCAAGCGUUUUGUAGCAGUUCACAAAACUCAGCCCAAAUCUCUUGUCAUAUACAGUGGGGCAAAUAAGUAUUUAGUCAACCACUAAUUGUCCAAGUUCUCCCACUUGAAAAUAUUAGAGAGGCCUGUAAUUGUCAACAUGGGUGAACCUCAACCAUGAAAGACAGAAUGUGGGAAAAAAAACCCAGAAAACAUCAUUGUUUGAUUUUUAAAGAAUUUAUUUGCAAAUCAUGGUGGAAAAUAAGUAUUUGGUCAAUACCAAAAGUUCAUCUCAAUACUUUGUUAUGUACCCUUUGUUGGCAAUAACAGAGGCCAAACAUUUUCUGUAACUCUUCACAAGCUUUUCACACACUGUUGUUGGUAUUUUGGUUUUGGGGCUGUCGUUGGGCAACAUGGACUUUCAACUCCCUCCACGGAUUUUCUAUGGGUUUGAGAUCUGGAGACUGGCUAGGCCACUCCAGGACCUUGAAAUGCUUCUUACGAAGCCACUCCUUUGUUGCCCUGGCUGUGUGUUUGGGAUCAUUGUCAUGCUGAAAGACCCAGCCACGUCUCAUCUUCAAUGCCCUUGCUGAUGGAAGGAGAUUUUCACUCAAAAUCUCUCGAUACGUGGCUCCAUUCAUUCUUUCCUUUACACCAGGCAUGUCCAAAGUCCGGCCUGGGGGCCAAAUGCGGCCCGUGGUUAAAUUUCAUCCGGCCCCCAGCCUCUGUCAUAAAAUCAAUAACAUCUGGCCCGCACACAGACUUAAUAAAUUGGUCAGCAGUACUGCAAACAGCAUAUGAAGUAGCUUACACACGAAAUGCUGCUCCUCAUUUACAGUGGGGAGAACAAGUAUUUGAUACACUGCCAAUGGGUUUUCCCAUUGGCAGUGUAUCAAAUACUUGUCCUCCCCACUGUACCUACUAAAAGGCAGCAGCACUUUAACCCUUUAUCGCCAAAUGUACAUUUGAUACACCUAAAAUUUCAUGAUUUUGAGAUUAAUAUAGAAUUUUGACAUUUCUUUUUGAAAAAAAAAAAUGAUGGAUGCAAGUCAACACAUGCAUCUGCUGGUUCCAUGAAAAAAAAAAACAUGAAAUAGCAUGGGUUAUAGAUAUUAGAGCCCUUAUUACACAUAUUCAUUUUGACAUUUCGUUUUACAAAUUUGAAAAAAAAAGGUUUCAUUAGGACCUUAUUUUUCCGUGUGACCCAUUACUUUCAUUUUCUAAAAUGGCGGCAAUCAACAACAACAAAAGUGACGGCCGACGCUUCAAGGAUAGGUGGAAAUUGGACUAUUUCUUCACUAAAAUACGCAACAACUGUGUCUUGCCUCAUUUGCAAAGAAACAGUUGUUUUUGAAGAUUUUAAAGAGGCGAUAUUACCAAACAAGACACGCUGACAUGUACGACAAGAUUACAGGGAAGAUAGGCAGUGAGAAAUUGAAGCAACUUGAAGCUAGUUUAAUUUCACAGCAGUAGUAUUUCGCUAGAGCCUGAGGGUCGAAAGAGAACGCCACAAAGGCUAGUUGGGAGAUUGUUGAAAUUAUUCAUUAAAAAAUAAUAAAACAAAUGUGACACACUGAAUGGCUAGCUAAAUUUUGCUUAAAUAUGUUGUUCUACGUAAAGGACGUCGGCCCCCCACAUUUUUACCACGCCAAAUCUGGCCUCCUUUGCAAAAAGUUUGGACACCCCUGCUUUACACAGAUCAGUCGUCCUGGUCCCUUUGCAGAAAAACAGCCCCAAAGCAUGAUGUUUCCACCCCCAUGCUUCACAGUGGGUAUGGUGUUCCUCGGAGGCAAUUCAGUAUUCUUUCUCCUCCAAACACGAGAACCUGUGUUUCUACCAAAAAGUUCUAUUUUGGUUUCAUCUGACCAUAACGCACUCUCUCAGUCCUCUUCUGAAUCAUCCACAUGCUCUCUAGCGAACCGCAGACGGACCUGGACGUGUACUUUUUUCAGCAGGGGGACACGUCUGGCAGUGCAGGAUUUGAGUCCCUCGCGGCGCAUUGUGUUACUGAUAGUAGCCUUUGUUACUGUGGUCCCAGCUCUCUGAAGGUGAUUCACUAGGUCCCCCCGUGUGGUUCUGGGAUUUUUGUUCACCGUUCUUGUUAUCAUUUUGACGCCACGGGGUGAGAUCUUGCAUGGAGCCCCAGAUCGAGGGAGAUUAUCAGUGGUCUUGUAUGUCUUCAAUUUUCUAAUAAUUGCUUUCACAAUUGAUUUCUUUACACCAAGCGUUUUACCUAUUGCAGGUCUACAAUUUUGUCUCUGCUGUCCUUCGACAGCUCUUUGGUCUUGGCCAUAGUGGAGUUUGGAGUGUGGCUGACUGAGAUUGUGGACAGGUGUCUUUUAUACGGAUAAUGACCUCUUUGACAGCCAGAAAUCUUUCCUUUUUUAAUUUAAAAAAUUUUUUUUUUAUUUUUCCUUCAGGCAUGACAAAUCCAAACAUACAACAUUCAUACGUGUUUACAAUUAAUUCAACCCGAAAAGAAAAGGGCUGACGGGAGAAGCCGAUGCUUAUUGAAACCCGUCCCCAGUAUACCAUAUAGGACGUAGUUCGAUUGUAAUGCAUUCCAUCUUUGUUUGUAGGUGACCAAAUUCUUAUUUUCCACUCUAAUUUAGAAAUAAAUUCUUUAAAAAUCAAACAAUGUGAUUUUCAGGUUGUUUUUUUUCACAUUGUGUCUCUCAUGGUUGAGGUUUACCCAUGUUCACAAUUACAGGCCUCUCUUAAUCUUUUCAAGUAGGGGAACUUGCACAAUUGGUGGUUGACUAAAUACUUAUUUGCCCCACUGUACUAUAGUUGCGUACACAACGCAUUGGGAAUUUUUUUAGUAUUAUUUGUCUUUUGAUGCAUCAGGUUGGCUUUCAAACACACGUACACACAUACACAGAGCAAACUGUAGUAUCCGUUUUGACACACACACAAAAAAAAAAUACACACCCUUGUAGCCUUACUGUAGAUGUUUAAUUUUUUGAUGCACAAAGUGCCACUAAAAGAAAAAGGAAAAAAAAAUACUUUUAUUUCCAGAUUCUUGGCAUUUCUUCAAUGCUCUGUCUGGUCCUGAAGACCAUGGCAUCAAGAGAGUGGUGAUUGUUUCAAAUGCCUUUAUUUCUCAGCCAAGGUGGCCCUAAGUACACUAUAUAUUCAUUCUGUAUAAAUAGAUUUUAAAAAUGCUAUAUAUAUGAAUAUAAACAUACAUAUAUUUUUCCAGUGUAAUUGUGGACUUACGCUUCUACUCCUUAUCAAAGCAUCACUUGCUGUCUAAAAGAGAUGUGAAGGCUGUUAUCAAUAGGAGUCAGUUACACUAUGAUCCGCUCAACUGUGGCUUUAAAUCCAACACUCGCUCGAGUCGAAGGCAAUUAGGCAAUGUUAUACGUUACAGUUCCACUCCGCCCGCUUUAUUUUUUUCCCCGUCCUUAAUCUGGAGAUGCUAAAAAAAAAAAACAUCUCCUGCCUGUAUGUUGUACUAAAUCUGAGAUCGAUACUUGAUGUUUGGCUCUUUAUUUUUUAAGUGUCAUGUAAGUCCCUGUAGAGUUAUAAUGGAAAAUGAGGGGUGAGGGGGAAAGAUGGCUCCAAAUAAUGUUCUGCACAUAGUGUUUGGCUAUGUUGUGCAGUCACUGUAUUGUUACUGGUUACUGCCAGCUGGUCCUCUUUAAUGUUGAAACAAGCAAGUGGGUGAGUUUUAAGUGUUAAACCUGCCUUCUGAGUGCUUUGUCGCAGCUUCCUGUGGUGUACAAUAUGAUCCCUGUGUGUAACUGAUGUCAAAGGCAUGUUGUCAGUGUGCUUCUAGCCAAUGUAGAAUGGAAGUCCUAUGUGCACUUUCUGAUGAACUGUUGAAAAUGCCAGCAUUUGAAUCCUUUUUGGUGCAAAAACAAGCCGCCUCCUUCACUCUGUGGCCUGUGCUGUCAGAAAUAUUGAAGGAAGCAAAACUCUUUCAGCUCCCCCUCCCUAAAGAAAAAUAUAUACAAAAAAAAAAUACUAGAGAGAGGCUGCUAUCUGAGUUUGUGUCUCAGCAGAAUGACACAACAGGUCAGCAGUCAGCUGAGGCCUGGGGCACUAAGCAAGAAGGCAUAGUGUGUGGGAGUGGAAAAUUGAUUUGCCAGGCUGCACAAUCGUUCUCUUUUGGAAGUGUUUGUUGCAUAAAUAUGAGUCCAUCACUCAAAAGAAUGUCAAAGCUUUUUGUGACCCGCCCUCCCAGUCUCCCUUCUCUUCAUGUCUUGCGUAACCUUUCCUCGGGAAAGAGGGUUUGGAUGCAUUUGGUUAACAAAGUAGUCCCUCACUUUCUCGCUCUCUCCCUGGCAAAAUGCACGACAAUACUACCCAACACUGUGAAUGUUCUCCCACCUUAUUUGAUAUGGCAUGACCCCUUUUAAAUUGCUUGAUGAAAUUGUCAAGCGAGGUAUGUAAAUGAUUUAUCAGCGAGGCCGUUAAAGCGUAACAUUCUCAAAAAAACGUCAGCCGCAGUAGCCUAAGGGAGCUGGUUCUGUGCCCACUCACUGCUAUUUUGCUUAUUUACAUUAAGUAGUGGAGUCAGGAGUUUCAUUACUACUGUUAUACAGUGCCUUGCAAAAGUAUUCGGCCCCCUUGAAUCUUGCAACCUUUUGCCACAUUUCAGGCUUCAAAC